AUGGACGCCUCCUCCCUCCGCAUCUCCAAGUUCGAUGGAACUAACUUCCACGCCUGGAAGUUCAAGAUGCAGAUGGUGCUGGAGGAACGGGACCUAUGGGAGGUCGUCAGCGGUGAGAUCAAGGCGGAACAGUGCGAGACUCAGUUGGACCAAGCGACGUACAAGAGGAAGUCAAGAAAGGCGAUGGCAGUGAUCUGUCUAGCCAUGGAAGAUUCCCAGCCACCGUUGGUCCGGUCGGCAAGUGGUGCAUGCGACGCAUGGUCAAGGUUGGAAGACCACUUCGAGAAGAAGAGUCUUGCCAACAAGCUGUUCUUGCGCCGUCGCUUCUUCACGACAAUGAUGGAAGAAGGCGACGAUGUGCUCGAACACAUCAACAAGCUCAAGACGCUGGCGGAACAGCUAGAAGCGGUGGGGGCUCCAGUCUGCGAGGACGAUCUGGUGAUCACACUCCUCGGCAGCCUGAGUGACUCGUAUCAAUUCUUGAUCACAGCUUUGGAGUCGCGCUCAGACACUCUUAGCUGGGAGCUCGUGACGUCUCGACUGCUUCAUGAAGAAAUGAAGCGGAAGGAGCAAGGAAGUAAAGGUGAUGAAGCUUCGCAAGGUCAAGCGUUCAUCACAAGGGACAAUCAGCGCAAAGGGCGACCAGUGAAGAAGUCCUGGCCGUGCCACAAUUGCGGAAAGAUUGGUCACUGGAUGGCGGAGUGCCCCUCGCGCAUCCAAGAAAACACGGAGAGACACCGGCCACAGCGUGCUCAAGACAGCGGCGACCGCUAUCGAUCACAACGUGCAAACGUCGCUCAAGAAGAAGACUCGGGCGACUACCUCUUUUUGAUCGGUGAAACGACAUCUGCGAAAUCGAGCGACAUCUGGCUGGUCGACUCCGGGGCGACGCAGCACAUGACGUGCUCCAAGAAGUUCAUGCGGAACUACAAGGGGUUUGACGCUGUGGAUGUCCAUCUCGCGGAUGAUGGAAUCGUCCAAGCAAUCGGCAGUGGGGACAUUGUCAUGUCGAUGAAGACACCCCAAGGGAUGAAGAAAGGUGUGCUCACAAACGUGUGGCACAUCCCAAAGUUAUCCAGAAACCUGUUCUCGGUCGGCCGCUUCACCAAGGAUGUCGGCCCAGUGACGUUCACGAAGGAUGGGUGCUAUGGAGAAGCGAAAGGGACCAAGUGGAAAAUUGGUGCCCGUGAAGGUAAAGGACUGUUCAAGCUGCAAAUGACUCCAGUGGCGCCGGAACAAGCAAAUGCAGCCAAGUCGUCGGGAUGUCAAGGGGGCACCAAGUCGUACCUCUGGCACCUUCGGCUUGGCCACAUAGGUCACGAUGGACUCAAUUGCAUCGUGACGAAGAACAUUGGAAUUGGCAUCGACAUAUCUUCGGUGAAGAAGUGGGACGUGUGUGAAGGUUGUGCUCUGGGAAAACAGACUCGAGUGCGCUUCCAAUCAAACACUACAGCUCGCACCUCCAAACUCCUCGAAGUGAUUCACAGCGACGUAUGCGGACCGAUGUCGAUGGCAACUUUCAGUGGAAAACGGUACUUCGUGACAUUCAUUGAUGACAAGUCAAGAUACUGUGUCGUCUAUCUGCUCAAGAGCAAAUCUGAAGUUGCGGCGAAGUUCAUGGAAUACGCUGCGAUGGCCGAAACGCAAACCGGAAAGCGCGUGAAGUACCUUCAAAGCGACAAUGGGGGUGAAUACAAGUCCGACAAGCUGGCACGAUUCUGCGCGGAACGGGGAAUACAACAAAGGUUCACACCCCCAUAUACUCCUCAGCUAAACGGAGUAGCUGAGAGAAUGAAUCGCACGCUGGUCGAGUGUGCGCGUUGCAUGAUGGAACUGAUGAACUUUAGACUUCUUGGUCCUAGUGCAAAACGCAAAGUGAAUAUAUAUUUAUAA